CAGUAUAUUAUUGAUAGAAGUCAUACUUCGAUUACACAACCGUCCUGACCAGCCGGUAUAACAAAGACAGCUUGGGCCGGCUUCACUUCCCCCUGCUCGACAUAUUCCAUGACGGCAAGGAUGUUGGCCACAAGGACAUCUCAAAACAUGAUCUCUGCACCUUUAGGUGCUUUAAAUUCUAUUCAGAAGAGAGCUGCACAUAGAGCAUCCAAGGAUGUUGCUAGUAUGAUACGUGUAAACCAUGCUGGAGAACUUGGGGCAGACCGUAUUUAUGCCGGUCAGAUGGCAGUUUUAGGUAAUACAAGCAUGGGAAAAGAAAUUCAACAUAUGUGGGAUCAAGAAAAGAAGCACAAGGCCAAGUUUGAAGAAUUGAUCAGUAAAUACAGAGUCAGGCCAACUGCAUUUGUGCCCAUUUGGAAUGUAGCAGGGUUUAUGCUUGGUGCAGGUACAGCACUGUUAGGACCCAAAGCAGCCAUGGCCUGCACUGUUGCUGUUGAAUCAGUUAUUGUUGAACAUUACAAUGAUCAGCUGAGAACUCUUAUGGCAGAUCCAAAGUGUGACAAAGAACUUUUGGAUGUUAUCCAGAAAUUCAGAGAUGAAGAGCAGCAACAUCAUGAUUUAGGAUUGGAGCAUGGAGCUGAGCAGGCACCCUUUUAUGAUGGGCUCACAAAGCUUAUUACUCUAGGAUGCAAAGUAGCUAUUACCAUUUCAAAAACAGUUUAAUUGAUAUGGAAAUAACUCAUGCAUGUAGAUGCAUAUGCUGACUGAGCUGCUUCUUUAAGAAAAUAUGGCCACCCUAGUUACCUUAAUUGUUAUUAAACACAUUGCUUAACAAA